AUUCAUUAAUUAAAUAGCUUAGUCGAUGUAGGCCGCAAUUUCCGCUGUGCAGCGGACGGCGGGCGGGGAAUGUCUCAAUGCCCGACCAACAGGCCACAAUCAGGGAGGCGAGGAACUAAUCAAGCCCGAGGUUUUACAUCUGAGAGCCGAAAGCCUAUUUAAACAAUUCAAUUAGCGCAAUAAAGCAGACUUGGACUGCAGCUUAUCGAGCGUUGCUAUUGUUAUAUACCUUAUAAUCUAUUCUCGCAGCUCUUAUUUUGUGUCUUUGAGAAGUUUGUGGGCGAUUUGUGGCGUGAUACGCGAUACAUAAUUAGUUGACCAAUUUGUUGAGUGUUGUUAGCUGCGUUAGCCAUGUGAAGUGCCACGACUGUUUAUGAGAAAACGGCUUCUUUUGUUUUAACAUCACCCUUCAAGUAAGAAAUCACUAAAAUCAGUCGCUUUGCAGCGAUUAAAGUUGGAAAAGGGGGUUAUUAGGGCAGGAGACUGCAGUGCGAUGCACUUUAAUGGGAUAUUUGUCGUGAUUACACUGGAGUGAGAGAGAGAGGGAGAGAGAGAGUGUGUGUAUAUAUGCGUGUUAGCGAGGCAGGCUAAAGCUCUCCGUUUCCAAUUGAUUCAACAGCACACGGGUCUUGCUAAUUAGGCUGUGGGUUAAUUAACGAAAUCAUCAAGAGUUAUGGCGGCCAUAUGAGCUCGCUGUCGAACGACAGUGUCCCGCGGCGUGUGGGAGGAGCCAGGAGAAACUCUGGGAGGUGCCAGUAACAGGGGGUCAAUGUGUUUAUGCCCUCUAUGUCAAGAAAGUCAACCAGACCGUGAGAAUCUCUCUCAUCACCUUACGGACAAACACAGUGUCCUCCCUGCUUGCCUUGAUAAGUUACUGGAUAUUGCUGCUCCUAAGCAGUCUUCCAUUGCUGAAGAUGAAGAAUCCAAAGCCCUAAAUGAUUCAGAUGACGCAUCUCAGCAGAAACAUUUAGAGAACACAAAGUCCUCCUCAAUGGCUUCCCAAAAUGAGAGCGAAUCUACAGAUGCAGGUGACAAGGGUGGUUCUUCUCAGGAAAAAAGGCUGGAUGAAGAGCUGGAGGGAGGAAGAAAUGAGGAAAGUGACGUGGCUGGCCUGGAGUCAGAUCAGGACAAUGUGGAGCAAACUAUAAAAACAUCAGAGGCUUCUGUAAGCAAUGGCAGAUCUGUCUGUAAAAACAGUGUAGCCUCUGAAGGUGAUAACCGUCCAUUCAAGUGUAAUGCGUGUUUGGAGUCAUUUCCCACUAGAACAGCAUUGAGUGUUCAUUAUAAUUCAACCACCCAUAUUCAGAGGAUGAGAACCGGGACGGUUAAAGACAGUGACUCAACCCCUUUCCUGGCUCGACCUUAUGUCUCCAACAAACCAUACCAGUGUGCCGUCUGUCGUGUCUCCUACAAUCAUGCCAUUACCCUGGAAAGUCAUUUAAAAUCUGUGUUGCACCAGAGUCGCAGCAGGAGUGCAGGGAAUGCUACUCCUAGUUCCACUGCAAAUACAGGAACUGGAACCAUGGUUACAAACUUGGCUGCGACCACUGUUGGAAGCACCACACAAUUAGUUAACGCCUCCACCAGCAAUUGUGUCACCCAAGCAAACCUGACUCCAUCAGCAGUAACGACCAAAGACGGAGAGCAGAUGCAGCCUCAGCUAGCUCCCUCAUUACUUUCUUCUCCGGUGGCCUCCGCACAAGCCAUGUCUGCUAUUCUCACUCUCCUGACUUCCAGCCCAAAUUCUCUCCCACACUCCAUUCUUCCUCCUCUCUUCACGACUGGGACAUCUGCAACACCAGGGGCAGCUACCCCGCAGCUUAUACCCCAGCCUCAUAUGCUCAUGCCCCUGGUGUUGAAUGGACUCCAAACUCAAACCCAAAUCCAGGGCCAGAAUCCAGAAUCUCCUAACCAGCUUUUGCAGCAGGCAGUGCCAGUUCUUGGUCUCAGUGCUGCACAACAGGCUCUCUUGGCCCAAAGACUCAGUGGCUUACAAAGUCAGUGGGCUGCAUUUGGCCUCCCAACCACCACUCAAAUGAGUUUAGAGGAGACCAACAAGAUGGUAGACAAGGGUGCAGACAUGAGAGUGCACAAUGAGAUAAAAGUAGAGCCUUGUGAUCAGCAAAUGUCACUAAAAUCUGAAGAGGACUGGAAAAUUGAUCGGAUAAAAAAAGAGAUGUUUAUUAAGAGUGAGAAUACACAAGAGCGAAGUGAGAAAAUGGUGUGUGAUGGCAAGGCAUGUGAUGAAAAAGAGCAAGAAGAAAGUGAAAUGGAAGUUGAGAGGAACAGUGAAAAGGUGUGUCAGGGGGAUGAUGCAAACUCCAAAGUAACUGAAUCCUCAGCAGCCUCUGUCCUUCAGCAUGAUAUUUCGUUGUCAUGUGCUUUGGAUCCAAACCAAGGUCUCAGCCAUGCACAUCCUGUUAACAGCUCUGGCGCUGUUUACUGUACCUUUCGUAACACUAAUUUUGCCUUAAGAGCUUUAGGCCAUAGAAGUACUAAAGAUCAUCCACUCUUGUCUUCAGGACGGUCUGUGCUCACUGAGUUCCAGUCUCAGGUUCUGUGGGCCUUUUUAGAGUCACGAGAUAAUGCUGAAACAUCUAGUCCUCAGCGGGAGGACUGUGAAGCCCUCGGCAGGGAGGUGGGGCUAAGUGGAGAAGAGGUACGCAAGUGGUUCUUAGAUGCCCGGCAAUCCAAAGAUAGGGAGAGAUUAGACAGCUUCCAUGAUGAAUUGGACAGAAGUAUGGAGGAAGAAGAGGGUAAUUUAAUGAUAGAUGAGGGUGAAGAUGGACAUAGUCCACCAGCAACAGGCAGUCAUGCCAUUGACCUUUCCAGUAGUGCAGAACGACACAGGAUUGGUAAGGGAAGCCCAAGAGAAUUGCUGUUGACAUCGGACUCUGAAAACGAAGAGUUCUACACUUCUGUUAUCGUGACUGAUGAAGAAAGUCAAAGCAGCUCUAUGAGGGAAGAGUCAGGUAGCCCAAUCAAACAGUCUUCACAGGUAGAGCCAACAGUUGAAAGGUCAAGUGGUGGUGGAAAGGUUCUUCGUUCUACUACAGUCUUCCUCUCGGAUGCAGAGGACGAAUAUGAUGAUGAACAAAGUAUGAAGAGGAAAAAGAGAAAGAGUGAGUUUGACAAGGAAGAGGUGGAGAUCAAGCGAGAGAAGCAAGAUAUAGAUCUUGAUCUUCAGUUGGAAGCACAAGCUGACCCUCCUACUCCUUUUUCAGUUGCGGUCGAUCAUCAGGGCGUUCCAACUGGCAUCUUGCAGUCAUUGCCCCUUUCCCUGUCAUUGGCUCCACUUUCCACCCAGUUAUACAGUCCAUAUGUACUCUCACUUCCUUCAUCAGUUAUUGGGGUGGGUCUUUCUGAAGGAGAUCGGGGUAAAAUGGCCUUUUCAAACACUCGGAGUCCAGCUGCACCCACCUCUCUUACACACUCCUUCUUAUCUAAUGGUAAUGAUUGCGAGUCUGCUUUGGAUCUAAGCAUGGGGAAAAACCACAGCUCUACAAUAUCAUCUGUCUCCCCAGCUAACAAGUCCUCUAUACAGAAAAGUCAUUUGCUUGAUGGUUUGGGUUUGAGACCAGCGACUGUUGGGGUUCCUACAGAUGGAGGUCUCAUCGUUGUUCAGGUGAAGCCAGAGUCUGCCAUUGCUUUACCAUCUUCCAAUCGCAAUAAUUUGGCUAAGACUAGCACUGUGUAUAUGCGGGCAGCAGAAAAGGUCAGCACAUCACUCAUGGAAAGGGAAAAAGAGAAGGAACGAGAAAAAGAGCGGGAUCAAAAGAGGCCAAAAGUCAGACGGUUCAGGGACAUGAGACGUUCCAGGACCAUCAUCCAUGCUGACCAGCUUGAUAUUCUUUACGGAUGUUAUUUCAAAGAUCCAAACCCAGGCAAGCAUGAAUUUGAACAAAUAUCUGAGUGGGUAAACCUUCCAAAGAAAGUGGUUCAGAUCUGGUUCCAGAAUAUGAGGGCUAGGGAGCGAAAGGGAGAGGUCCGUUUUAUCAGUGAUGGCACUUUGGCAGCUGUUGGGAAACCACUCAUUAAGUUCACCUGGCCACUCUCAAAGCCCAUAUUCUCAACCCCACCUAAACCUAAUCCAAGUCCCUCUACUGGCUGGGCCUCUGCAAAACCCCAAACUGGAAAUAUUCCUCCAAAGACAGAUAAGGUGAAGGAGGUCAAGGAGCCCCUGAAAACUCCCACUCAAGGUCCAAGUAGACCAAAUCAGACAGCCUCUUUCACCGUUGUGUCCACUGGCCCUUCAUUAAUUCACAAGACCAAAACAGAAGCAACUCCCAUUACAAUGGUUAAAAUAGCUCCUAAGACAGUGGCCACUCCGGUUGCAGUUCCUCUGCUAGUCAGUGGGAUUCCUACAUCUCGAUCUGCUCCGAAAAGGAAGGUUGAAGAGGUACGAGCCGAGUCAGACCAUACUGAUGAAGAUGAUGACGAUUACCGAGGAGAGGUCGAGUCUGGGACUACCAGCCACAUUGUCCCAAAAUUGUCCCCUACGCCAAUUAACAAAUCUUCUGCCUUGGCAUCUCAGAAACACAAUGGGCUCAAAUAUUGGUCUCAGAAAGGUCCAUUCAAGAUCAACACCCUUUCAAGAGAACAAUUAGGCUUGAGCUCACAGCGACCUACACCCACUACCACCACGCCCACCACGCCAUCUCCUGUGACGGUUACUGUAUCCUCUGGUCAAAACCAAAAAGAAACAAGUUACAUGCUGCAGAACUCCACCCCAAGACGACCUCGAACUCACCUGAACUGUCUUCAGCUGUCCAUCCUGCAGUCGUGCUACGAGACAUGUGCUCAUCCUAAUGCACUGGAGUGUGAGGCAGUGGGGACAGAGCUUGGGCUUCCACUGAAGGUUGUGCAAAUCUGGUUCCAAAAUACACGUGCCAAGGAGAAACGCUGGAGGCUUCAGCAAGAGAAAAUGUCGCCUAAUCCCAUUGACCCUUCCAAGAAGGUAGAUGUCAGCUCGGGUAGCUACCUGCAAUACAAUGCUCUCCGAGCCAACCGUCCCAUCCUGCCCAAACCUGUACAACUGACAGUUGUGGAACCAACUCCAUCAUAUACCAUCGGCCAGACAACAGGCCGUGAGACACUGAGAGGCAAGUGCGACGCCUGUGGGAUUGAAUUUGAAUCCAGGGCCGCAGCACGUGACCAUGUCUUCUCUGCUCGACAUCUUGCCACUCUGAGAACCACUAACUUUGGUCAGCAAGCAUCGUUGGUCAGCAAUGGAUCUGGUACGGGGUCUACUGGUUUUGCCAGCCAGUCUUCUACCCCAUCACCAGCCAGCAGCUCCAGCUAAACAAUGAAUUGAAGCUGGUAUAGUCUGUGGACCCACUAGACUUGUUGGCUUACAACAGACAGAUAAAGGGUGCUGGUCUUUUAAGCUAUUGUUCUUUUGAGGCUCUAAAUUGGAGUGGGCCCAGAUGAAUCUGGCCAUCUUCACUUUCUCUCCUUGGAUAUCAGCAAGACAUUGUUAUUAUACAGAGUCUUUACUUACAGGGCUCCUUUUAAUGACCUAUUGCCACAGCAUCAUUUUACUAUAAAUAAUCUACUGAAAUGGUAAUCAUGGACAUGCUAAUGCUUAUGUGAUCAUGGUCCGUUUUUCACAACUUCAUCUCGGUUUAAACUCCUAUUAUGUUGGGUAAUAUUCUACUCACAUUUACAUAUAACACUUGGUUUGAUUGGGAGAAUCUAUGGUAAUGAACACCCAAAAACUCAACCAAAGUGCUCUGGGUUGUCAAUUAUGUUUGUGGUACUGCUUUUGCUUGAGCCAUGGUGGUCUUUAGCCUGUUUUUAAAGCCUAUAUAGAAGAGUUGUUUCUAAGCUGAUUUAUCUCCGAUAGUCUUGUUAAUUCAAAGAAAUCUAUCCUGUAAACAGAAGUUUUCUUUCUGGCUCCGUUGAAAGAAGACUAGACUAUGCUUACAGUUGAUAGUAUGAAAUCGUAAUAUCAAAUAAAGCAGAGAAUAUGUGUAGUCUGGAAUAUGGAGAAUUUGGGAGAGUGUUCUGAAUCCAGACAAUAUGAUAGCUAUUUUUGAACAACCAUCAUGACAAUCCUAUAGUCAUCAGCAGAGCUCUCGUUGAACGUUAAAGAUGUCAGAUGGUCCUCAUACAGCACUUUGACCCUUUUAAAGUCACAAACAUUUUUUUUUUUUUUUAAGGUUUUCAUGUUCCGCAAAAUAAACAGUUUUGUUGUAUGGUAAAAACUUACUGUAUGUCAAACUAUAAUGAAGUAUUAAUCAGCUUUUAAUGUUAUUUUUAAAGAGUUUGCAUUGCACAUAGUUAAAACAGACAAAUAAAAUGGAUCAGACCUAGCCGCUGUGCACGAAGCCAAAGUCAAGUCUGUACUUAAACAGUUUUAUAUAGAUUUGUGGAACAUUGAAAUCAUGUACCUUAUACCCUCUGAUAAAUCAUUUCAUUUGGUUUGAGUCUAGGGAGGAACCCCAGCUUGUCGAUAUAAAUUAAACACAAAAGUCAUUUAUUUAUGGUAAAAGCAAAAGCAUUUUAGAUUUAUGGGAGAGAGUUGUCAUUUUUUCUUCUUCUUGUUCUUUCACUAAGCAUUUUGUUUUUUUUGCAAGCCGAGUGCUCAUACUGAGUAGAUUCAAGGAUUUUCUUUAAAACCCACCAGGAGAGAAGACAGGGUGCUUUAAGUGGACCUGGAGACUAUUCAUCAGGCCAACAGGAGGUGCGAUUUGAAGGACAUGAAAUACUAAAGACGCUUUUCCUUUUUGGUUUAUUUUGUAUAUUAUUAUUGAUACUAUUAAUACUUUAACAAAAUGCAAAACUAAAAAAGAUUUUUUAAUGAACUAUAUUAAGAAAAUGAUAUUCCAAAGUUAUUCUUUCUGUUGCUUUGUCUCAUUAAAGAUACCAAAAAGCAAUCUUGAUUGGAAGUGUUUGUAAUGCAAACCACAAAGGAGCUCCCAUGCCUUGACACUUUGAACAAGUCCAGGGUUUAAGCAUGAGCUACAGAGAAAUGCAUUUCCGACAACUCAACUUGGAACACUUGAAGUUCAUCGAAAUGUUUUGUUUUCAGUAUAUCCCAGCAAAUACAAGUUGUUUUUGUUCAAAUUAGUGUCAAGUAGUUCAUAUGAAAUGAACAUGGACUGGGUUGUAGUGCAGUGCUACAGGACGUGGGAUCACAUGGUGUUGCACUGUUCAGAGUAUAUAGGUAGAAUAUGGAGAAAUGCUUUUAUAUUAUCUUUUCACUUUUUCAUUGACACUUGAUUAUCACUUGUUAUAACUACUACUUACUAUUUUUCAUCACUUUUGAUUAUUAUUGAUUCAUAACGCUUUUAAUGGCAUCUCAGACUCUGAGAUGUCAUUGAUAUGAAUAUUGAACGAUAAUGGUGGCAGUCUUGUUAUGAAAAAUUAGAAUAUUGAUUAAGCUUGUUUUCCCCUCAAAUGUACCUUCAUUUUGUGUUGGUUCUCCUUUUUUCUUAUGCCGAAAACAAAUAAACUGAAGUUCAUGUA